UUAUUCAUUAUCACUAUUCAAUAGUCAUUACGUUUAAGUACUUGGAAGUUGGAAUACCUAACUAAAAUAAUUGUCAACAUUUCGACGUUGAAUUCACUACGUACAGAAACUGAACAAUAAAAUAAUUUCUUUUAAGUUUUCUCUAAAAAAAUAUUGCUAUUUAAUUCAACGGAGUUGUAAUUUACACUCCCCACGUCUGAUAUGGAAAGUUAUUAAAAAACAAAAAUGGUGUCGAAUUUAUAAAAUAAAAUAUCUAGAGCAAUGCCUUCAUUUAAGCAAAAAUUUUCUGGAUUUUUCCGUCAGUUUUCUACACCUUCAGAAUCGAGAAACGACGACAAUGCAUCUAAUCGUUUCAUUAAGAAAUACCUCAACGGAAACGAAAUAAAUAAAAACGCUCCUGUUAUAUUGCACGGGAGGACUCCUCAAGAAGUACCGCCACAGCCAUUGGGACAGAUUUCAAGUUAUGAUGUGAUUUCGUCUUUGACUGGGCCUCACGGGGGACUCAUGUCGGUCAAUCAAACAGAAAAACAAAUAUCGGCGAGUGAUUCAGAAAUAAAUUUCAUUGAUAAUAUCGACGAGGAAUGUGAUAAUGGAAGAAAAAUGGUUUCUACGUCUACUAUUGAUAUGGCCAAUACCGCUGAGGAAACGUCUAAUUCAGAAUCUAAACCAAAUAUUUUAAAAAAACUCAGUAAGUUUUAUUUACUUUAUUUAGUUGUUUUAAAUUAUAUACAUUGUUUUGACCAAUCAGGAAAUCAUCUGGUUGCUGGUGUUGAGAACUGGAAUAGCCAGCAUACAAAUGCUUAUGGCGCUAGUUGUUCGUUGUACGAAGUACAUCCUAUUACACAUCGACAUACUGGUGAUCCAAUAGCUGACUGUUUUGCCAUUGUAACCCGAGCAAAUUCUGCAAUUAUGGUAUUGGCCGACGGGGUCAACUGGGGUGUUAAGUCCAGAACAGCGGCUAGAUCCGCUGUACACGGAUGUGUGGAUUAUUUAAAUAAAAAAUUGUUUCCUACUGUUAAAGAAUCACCAAAAAACACUACAGAUGUUCUUUUGACUUUACUACGAUCAUUCCAUGCAGCUCACAAUAUGAUUCUUCAAGAAGAAGGAACUUUAACAACUUUAACGGCGGUUGUAGUACUUCCAUCGGUUGUCGAUAACCAAUUUGUCGCUUGUUGCUGUAACGUUGGAGACAGCUUAGGUUAUGUGUACAGCCCAAAGUAUGGAGUGCGAGAACUCACUCAGGGUUCUCACGACAUUCACAGAAUGAGGGACAUGAGAGACGUCAUGGGCGCCUUAGGUCCUGUUGACGGACAAAAUCCAGAGUUAUCGAAUUUGACUUUAUCAAUUACGCAAGUGGAUUUAGGAGAUAUUGUUUUCAUUACUUCCGACGGCGUCUCUGAUAACUUGGAUCCUGUCGUAGGACAUUUUACAGGACUUCCCAGUGUAGAAGCGUAUCAAAGACACAAAUUAUCACUUUUGAGAACUGAGGAUUUAAUAAGAAACGGCGUGUCAGGUAAAGGACCUGCAGUUGACACGCCCAAAGACUUGGUAACUCUAUUGUUAGAUUUUGUCACCAGACUCACUGCGGCUAAACGACGGAUACUAGAAGACAUAGACAUAUAUGCAGACGUAAAUGGAAAACCGUUGGCACAAGGAGAGGUAAGACAAAAGAGAAAGGAGGUCAUUAGGAAAAUGCCAUUGUUUGGGGUGCCAGGCAAGUUAGAUCAUGCCACAGUUGUUGCGUACAAAGUCAGUUCCAGUACAUAAAAGUAUAGUUUGAAAUCUUAAAAGGCAAACAUUUGUUAUGUGCAUCUUUUUAUUAUUCAUUUUUACAUAUUGAUUUAUUUUUGUUUGGUUCUACAUUUUGUUAUAAAGUUUGUUUUUAAAUGUUAUUAUUAUUAUUUUUUGUAGUUCUACCAGUAAUUAUAUUAGCUAUAAAGAAAGUUAGUUAUGUUUUACAGUUGUCAAAAAGAGUAUAAUUCGAACAUAAAUAGUAGUCAUUUUUAAUACUUUUAUAAUAGAUGUUUAAAAAUUCUUUAAUUUAUAAAUUUCUAACAAUAUUAAAUUUGUGAUUGAUGACAAAGACAUUAAUUUUUACUUAAUUAUAUUUAAUUGAAGUGUAAUUAAUAGUGCAAUAUUAUUUCC